CGCCGGCGGGAUGACGCGCUUCGCUCUGACAGUGGUCCGGCAUGGAGAAACAAGACUUAACAAGGAGAAAAUCCUUCAAGGACAAGGAAUAGAUGAGCCUCUUUCAGAAACUGGAUUUAAACAAGCAGCUGCUGCUGGUAUAUUUCUUAAUAACGUGAAGUUUACUCACAUUUUCUCCAGUGAUCUCAUGAGGACAAAGCAGACCGUGCAUGGAAUUUUGGAGAAGAGCAAAUUUUGCAAAGAUAUGACAGUAAAGUAUGAUUCAAGACUUCGAGAAAGGAAAUACGGGGUUGCGGAAGGCUGGCCGCUGAGUGAGCUAAGGGCCAUGGCCAAAGCAGCUGGGCAGGAGUGCCCUGUGUUCACACCGCCCGGAGGAGAGACCUUGGACCAGGUGAAAAUGCGUGGAAAAGACUUCUUUGAAUUUCUUUGUCAGCUGAUCCUGAAAGAAGCAGGUCAGAGUGAACAGUUUUCCCAAGAAGUCCCGAGCGACUGUCUGGAAAGUUCUUUGGCAGAGAUAUUUCCUUUAGGGAAAAACUGUGCCUCCAAGUUUAAUUCGGACAGCGGCGCUCCAGGGUUAGUGGCCAGUGUCUUAGUUGUGAGUCACGGCGCCUACAUGAGAAGCCUGUUGGAUUAUUUCCUGACCGACCUUAAGUGUUCCUUCCCGGUGACCCUGAGCAGGUCCGAACUCACAUCAGUCAGCCCCAAUACAGGGAUGAGUGUCUUUAUCAUAAACUUUGAGAAAGGAGAAGUGAAACCAACCACCCAGUGUGUGUGUGUGAACCUACAGGGCCACCUGGCUGGGGUGACCAAAAUUCACUAAAUUUAAAUCUGCAUCGAAAUCUAACAGAUGUGAGCCUCUGAGGGAGUGCCUUUGACUUUAUUUCCACUCUCUGCUAAUGCAGACUUGGAAACAGUUACAGAGCUGUCCAUUAGAGCAGGUUAUAAAGCUCGAGUGGAAUCAGAGCCACAUGAAACACUAAUGGAGAACCAUCGAGAAUUGACUUCUGUUUUGUGAGUACAGUUCGAAUUUUCCAGGGUAAUUUUACCGCCCUGCUCAGUGACAUCUCUGGAUUGUAAAUGGAUGAAGGAAUUCAGUAUUGCAAACUGGGGGAGUAAUAAUCCUGUUACUAUGGUUUUUUUGCUUUUUUUAAUGUCCUGGGUUUUUUUGGUAUUUUUCUUUAAUGUCUGAAAAAUCUGGCCUAUUUUAUUGG